CUAUUCGGAAAUCGCGCGCGUCAUCACGUAUUAUGAAUGGAAGAAAUGCAUUGUUCUCGUCCGGAGGUGAUUACAUUGUCAAUGGUUAGACUGGAAGAUCCUUCUGUCCAUUUAACGUCGAGCCCAAUGCAUGAAGUAUAAUAAUAAUUAAUUAACGCUCCAAUUUUACUCCACCAAAUACACGCACUAGCGAUGACUAACUAGCUACAUCCCCAUGGCUUGGAUGUUCGUACAAUUAGUAACCUUUUUGACAUAAAUAUGAAAGAACGAGUCCAUGACUCCACUCCCCACUGAAUAGGUUGGAGUCCAUUCGUACGGACAAACGCAAAACACUCUCCCAUGCAUGGCCUCCGUUUGACUGACGGCGGCGCCACCAGCACCAGCACCAUCACCACCACCACCACCACCACUAUUAUUAUAUCAUCAGCAUCGAUCAUCCUCAAUUCCUCCUUCCGCCAUGCACGGGUCUUAGAAAAAGUCUCCCCGUCUCUCUCUUAUCUCUAUCCCUCUCUCUCUUGCAACUUCUCUCCGGCCACUUGUCUCCCCAACUAAAAACUAGGACUAUCACCACUCUUAACCAUACAACCUUUCAACUACUUUCACUACAAAGAACGAACUCCAGCUCAUUUUAUCUAAUUUCUCACCAAGUUUUCCCUUCCUUUUCCUUUCCCCCCAUCUCUCUCUUCCUUCGGUUUUUCGGGUUUUCUCUUUCUUCUUCCUCCUCCUCUUGUUCUUUUGAUAUAUAGAUAGCUUUAUUUAUACAUAGAUAUAUAAGAUCGAUCAUGGCCUUGAUCAUGGACCAGCAGCAAUCAAACUUCAAGCACUUCUGCAAGAUCUGCAAGAAGGGUUUCAUGUGCGGGCGUGCCCUCGGGGGCCACAUGAGGGCGCACGGGAUCGGGGACGAGGGGGGCCACCUCGAUGAUGAGGACCCCGCCAGCGACUGGGAGGAUAAGCACGGCGAACCCAUUCCUCCGGGGAACAAGCGCAUGUACGCACUGCGCACCAACCCUAACCGCCUCAAGAGCUGCCGGGUGUGCGAGAAUUGCGGCAAGGAGUUCUCCUCGUGGAAGUCCUUCCUUGAGCACGGGAAAUGCACCUCCGAGGAUGUGGAGUCUCUCGUGUCCUCCCAUGAUUCGGAGGACGAGGAUGGCAUGGGACGCAGAGGAUGCGGGUGGUCCAAGCGGAAACGGUCUCUGAGGAUCAAGAUCGAUAGCGGGAACUCGAACUGCCCCUCGAGCGAGGAAGAAGACCUUGCGAAUUGCCUGAUGAUGCUCUCGAAUGCGAAGGUCGACGCCUCAAUGGCAGAGCCUGAGGAGUCUUGUGCUUCGGCGAGCAAGGAUGAGGAAAGGAGGAAACCAAUUAAUUUCGUGUCUCCUUUCACGUACAGGGUGCCGAGUAACAAUAAUCUGGACAAGGCCAAAGGUGUAGCUGCUAGAGGCUUGUUCGAGUGCAAAGCAUGCAAGAAAGUGUUCAAUUCUCACCAAGCAUUAGGCGGUCAUAGGGCUAGCCACAAGAAGGUAAAAGGGUGUUUCGCGGCGAGGCUCGACACCGUGGACGACUACAUUCCUGAUGAUGACGUCAUCACGCACGAGGAGUUCUUCCCGACAAAGUCGACAUCUAGCCUACCCUUCGAUCAUGGACCAAACUCCCUUGUUCCCUCGACUUCGAAGAGAAAAUCAAAGGUCCACGAGUGCUCCAUUUGCCACCGGGUUUUCUCGUCGGGCCAGGCGCUGGGUGGGCACAAAAGGUGCCACUGGAUCACCUCCAAUUCGCCCGACACGAGCUCCCUCGCAAAGUUGCAGCAGUUCCAUGAUCAUCUAGAGCAGAUACAACAGAGACCAAAGUUCAUAGAGGCGGACCGGCUAGCCCUCAAGCUCGACCUGAACCUACCAGCACCUUCGGAUGAGCUCGCUGGAGCUCGGCGAGGUGCAGUGGCCACUGGCUUCGAGCGCUCCACGGAGAUCUACUUACAGUCAUGGUUAGGGCUCGACAGGAAGGAAAGGGAAGUUAUGCAGAGUCACCACCACCACCCCCACCCCGAAGUAAACAACAACGAGAAAGAGUGUGGAAGCAACAAAAAUGAUGACACAGUCCACAACAACAACAACAACAAUAAUAAUAAUAAUAAUGAGAAUACAGAGAGUAACGUAGAUGAUGAAGGUGACAGUAAGGCGAAGUUAGCAAAGUUAAGUGAAUUGAAGGACAUGAACAUAAGUGGAGGUGGUUCUUCUUCUUCGUGGUUGCAGGUGGGGAUCGGUUCGACGACAACAACUGAUCAUCAUCGUCAACAACACGAACGCUCAUCAAAGUGAGGAUUGAUCUUCUGACGGCAUGUGUUUGUUUCAAUUUAUAUAUACAAUUCUUUUCUUUUCUUUUUGUGUAAUUAAACACCAUAAAUUGAUCAAGCAUAUAAAUUUUUUUGAUCUCCAAAAGAGAUGAUCAUAUAUACUCACAGGAUUCAAAUUUUUACU